AGCCCCCGGUGGGAGCCAAGGGACUGGCGGCAGCAGCUGGAGCGCAUCCGAGAAAUGAGGAGGAGCAGAGAUGCUCCCGUGGAUGAGAUGGGAGUGGAGAAGUGUUACGACAGCAGCGCACCUCCGCAGGUUAUGCGCUACCAGGUCCUGCUGUCGCUGAUGCUCUCCAGCCAGACCAAGGACCAGGUGACGUCGGCUGCCAUGCUGCGCCUCCGGCAGCGCGGCCUCACGGUCGACAGCAUUUUGCAGAUGGACGACGCGACGCUUGGGCGGCUCAUUUACCCCGUGGGAUUCUGGAGGAACAAGGUGAAGUACAUCAAGCAGACGACAGCCAUCCUGAAGGAGAAGUACGGGGGUGACAUACCGAGAACUGUGGAGGAGCUGGUGCAGCUGCCGGGAGUUGGGCCCAAAAUGGCCCACUUGGCCAUGACCAUUGCCUGGGACAGCGUGUCCGGGAUAGCUGUGGACACCCACGUGCACAGGAUCACCAACAGGCUGAAGUGGGUGAAGAAGGAGACCAAAUACCCCGAGGAAACUCGGGUGGCGCUGGAGGACUGGCUGCCCAGGGAUCUCUGGAGGGAGAUCAACUGGCUCUUGGUGGGCUUUGGCCAGCAGACCUGCCUGCCCGUGAAUCCCCGCUGCAACGAGUGCCUCAACCAAGACAUUUGCCCAGCUGCUAAGAGACGCUGAGGGAAAUCAUCCUCUCUCCAUAGAG